AUGGUCCAGAUCAGCGAGGUGAAGGGGAACAAGCGAGACAAUCGCACGGCCGCCCACACUCACAUCAAGGGCUUGGGUUUGAAGUCAGAUGGAUACGCAGAGAAGCAGGCCUCUGGCUUUGUCGGCCAAGUCGGCGCUCGUGAGUCUUGCGGCGUCGUGGUGGACUUGAUUCGAGCUCAGAAGAUGGCUGGCCGAGGUGUCUUGUUGGCAGGAGGACCUGGAACCGGAAAGACGGCACUCGCGCUCGCCAUCAGCCAAGAGCUGGGCACCAAAAUCCCCUUCUGCCCCAUCGUGGGUAGCGAAAUCUACUCGACCGAAGUUAAGAAGACCGAAAUGUUGAUGGAAAACUUCCGAAGAGCGAUUGGCCUCAAGGUCCGAGAGACAAAGGAGGUGUAUGAGGGAGAGGUUACAGAGCUGACCCCCGAGGAGGCCGAGAACCCUCUGGGUGGCUACGGCAAGACCAUCAGCACACUGCUCAUCGGCCUGAAGAGCGCAAAGGGGCAGAAGAAGCUUCGCCUCGACCCCAGCAUCUACGAGGCUAUCCAGAAGGAGCGUGUCACAGUGGGAGACGUCAUCUACAUCGAGGCGAACACGGGCGCAUGCAAACGAGUUGGCCGAUCGGACGCCUAUGCCACAGAAUUCGACCUCGAGGCGGAGGAGUACGUGCCCAUCCCCAAGGGUGAGGUACACAAGAAGAAGGAGAUUGUGCAAGAUGUCACGUUGCACGAUCUGGAUGUGGCCAACGCUCGACCCCAGGGCGGACAGGACAUCAUGAGCAUGAUGGGCCAACUGAUGAAGCCCAAGAUGACUGAGAUUACCGAAAAGCUGCGCGCUGAGAUCAACAAAGUGGUCAGCAAGUAUAUUGACCAGGGUGUGGCUGAACUUGUGCCAGGCGUCUUGUUCAUUGAUGAGGCGCAUAUGCUCGAUGUGGAGUGCUUCACCUACCUGAACCGAGCCCUGGAAUCGCCCAUUUCGCCCAUCGUUGUCUUGGCCUCCAACCGGGGAAUGUGCACCAUCAGAGGCACCGACGGUAUCGUCGCAGCUCACGGAAUCCCCUCCGACUUCCUGGCUCGGCUGCUCAUCAUUCCCACAACGCCAUACGAGGCGGAUGAGAUCAAGCGCAUCGUGCGGAUACGUGCCUCGACCGAGGGCGUCUCAGUCUCGGACGCCGCCAUCGACAAAAUCGCGGAACACGGUGUCCGCAUCAGCAUGCGGUACUGCCUGCAGCUGCUGACUCCCGCAAGCAUUCUUGCCAAGGCCAACGGCCGUUCGCAGAUCGACGUCCAGGAUGUUGCGGAGUGCGAGGACCUCUUCCUUGACGCCCGUCGCAGCGCGGCGCUCCUCAGCAGCGAGGCCGGACAAGGCUUCCUGUCGUAA